UGCGCAGACAAAUGGAGGUAAAAAAUGUGUGGAACCCAUCAAAAGUAUAUUCUAACUACCACUAAACUUUCAAAAUUCACAAAAUGAAUACUUCAGACAUAAUUCAAACUUCACACAAAGUCUGCUGUAACUAUUAUUGAUAAUGUUUCACACUGUAAACCCGACAAACACAAAACGUUCUCUUGACGGGAACCGAAAAAUUCCCUUGGGAACCGAAAAUUGUUAGUAGGGAAUGUGGGCUGGUUCUGAGAUUGUUGUGGACAUUUAAGACACGCCUACCUCCGCAGCUGUCCAAUGGCACACAAACUUUGUAACAAGGCGAGAUUAUUCAGUCGCUCAUGCAUUCAUCUGCCUGUGUCUUGAUUUAAGCGAGUUUUCUGCGCACCUGUUGAUGAUGUGUUGGGUCUGGUAGAUCUUUAGCGAUCAUCUGCUUCACAAAUUCCUCUUCUUUCUUUUUUCGUUUUUAACACUUCCAUUUUUUGGAGGGUUGCUGGUGUACACAGGUGGAUAGUCGUUUGUUUAUCAAAGUUUAAAGAUGGACCAAGCUGACCUUCGGAGUCUUUUUGCGGCGUGUGAUGGAAAUCGAUCUGGAAGAAUCGAAUACGAUGACUUCGUCAAUGUUUGUCGAGAGCUUUAUGUCCCUGCUGACGGGAUAAGGACUUUAUUCAACAAGUUCGACCUGGACGGAGACGGAUGCAUUAAUUUAAACGAUUUUUCGUCCAGCUUUCAGGAAGUAUCCGAAGCCCUCAAUCUGGCUUUGUUGGACAACUGUUCGCAAAGUCAGAGGAUUGCUUGGGAUGAAUUUGAGAACACAUUAGACGGUGAUGUUGCUUUUUAUUUGGCAAGGCAGUUGGAUCUAUUGAGUGAGUUGUAUGAACAGAUUCACUCCACAUCUGAUGAGCUGUUACUGCAGCAAUAUGAGGAUCUCAUUAAGUCCCUUGUGGCUGAGAGCAGAGAGCACAGGAUAGAGAGAGAACGACUGCGGACCAGUCUGCGAAGCAGAACAGAGGAACUGAGCAGCAGUCAGUUGGCAGAGAUGGAGGACCUGCAGCAGCAGCUGGCCCGCACAGAAGAGCAGGUCAGGGAAGAGGAGCAAAAGAAAUUGGACGAAUCCAUUGCUAUGCUCCAAAUCAAGCACGAGAAUGAGCUGGCAGACCUGCAGGCAGCAAUAGAGAGGCUCACAAAGCAAUAUCAAGAGGAGUCCACAUUAAAGAGCCCCAGAGAAGAUGGCAUCAAAUUGAGAGUACAGAUUAGAGAUCUAACACAGGAAAAUGUAGAACUGAGGACUUCUCUCACGAAAGCCCAGAUGAGCAUCUCAGUUCUCCAAAUAGAGUUGGACAGAUUCAAAAACGCCUUCACCGACCAGAAACACCAACAUGAGAGAGAAAGUGAUGACCUUAAAAAGAUGGUGAUGGAAUAUCAGUCUUACUCCAGCCAUAUAGAAAUGCUCCAGGAAAUUAACAAAAAGUUGUAUGACGGCAACGAUGGGUUACGCUCUGCUCUGAGCCUGGAUAAUGCCUCUACAAAAAGACGGCUCUCCCCCAAAAAUGAAGUUCCUCCUAGGAAAAUGAAACUGAUUCGGCAGAGUACGAUGAAUCAGAGCAGUUUUGCUAAUGAAGAGGACUCCAUGACCCUGGUUAAGUGCUGGACUGAGAAGUAUUUGGACAGUGGAGUUUCCCUACAGACAGACACUGAGCCAAUGUCAGGCAGCAAUUAUGACAGUGAUGACAGCUGUCAUUUAGUGGAAACGGUGCAUCAUAGCUACUCUUAUAUUCCUACUGAGCUGGAGGUUUCAGACCUGAAGUUUGAAGCGGUGGAAUCUGUAGCUCCAAGCACAGUUGGCUCAGUUACCUCUUCACUACGACGCCGGUUGUCUGCUUUUCCUGUCAAUGUACUGGAUGCACCUUUAGCUUACUCAAGCUUACUUGGUUGGAAAUCUGCAUUUCAAACUGAAGCAGACCUGUGUGACACCAAUGAGCUUGCUCCAGUGUAUCAUCUGGUGCUGGCUGGGGAUGCUGGGUCAGGAAAAUCCAGCUUUUUACUACGACUGAGUCUCAAUGAAUUCAGAGGAGAUAUACAAACAACUCUAGGUGUUGAUUUUCAAAUAAAGAAGAUGCUUGUGGAUGGAGAGAAAACUAACCUUCAAAUCUGGGACACUGCUGGACAGGAAAGGUUCCGCAGCAUUGCCAGGUCAUACUUUCGAAAAGCACAUGGAGUGCUACUGUUGUAUGAUGUGACAUCUGAGAGCAGUUUCCUAAAUGUUCGCGAAUGGGUGGAACAGAUUCGGGAGUCAACAGAUGAGGACAUCCCAGUGUGUGUGAUUGGCAACAAGGUGGAUUUGAGGGCUGAGAAGCCAGAGGGAAGAUGUGUAAGUGCUUUCCAUGGGGAAAAGCUUGCUAUGGCUUACAAUGCCCUGUUCUGUGAGGCAAGUGCAAAAGAGGGGACAAAUGUUGUAGAGGCAGUUUUACAUUUAGCAAGGGAAGUAAAGAAACAUGCUAAACUGAGAUGGAGGUCAGAGUCGCAGGGAAAGCUGAGCAUUCACAAUCAGAGAAAGACACCGAUCAACUGCUGUGGAGUUUAAGUCUCGCUGGUCAUUGCUUGGAUACACCUUAGAGAUGCCAAGUUUAAUUGUCUUAAUGAUUUUAAAGUCUGUGCUUUGUAGUCAUGGUAACUUUAAAUACUGUCAAUGUUUAAUUCUACCAUAAUCAUGUCCUUUUAUUUGAAAAAUGUUGUGGCAAGAAAUCUAGUGUAUUUUAGAGAACUGGACAUCUUUGUUUAGUACUCAGUGUUAAGCACAGUGAUCAAAUGUAUACUUGUACAUUUGCCUAUAAAUUACCAAGAUUCACUUCAGGGUUCUGUGUUAAGUGUUUUACUUGUUAUUUAAGUGUUGUAAUAUUUUGAAUCGUUUUGAAGGACAUGUUUAUACAAAUGUUUCUAACAUUGUGUUAAAUAAAAAUUUUAGACUAA